UUCGAUUUAGCGCAACUGGUUACUGGAGACAAGAAACUGUUGAAAUUUAAAAAUCUUUGAUAAACAUUUCUCUUUACAAUGAACAAUUUAUCAAUUUUCGAGGUUCCUACAUAUGGUGAAGUAACUUUAUGUGAAGUCGAUGGAAAAGUACACUCAAUGCACUACGAAUUUGCAAAUAUUGCUGCAUUCACAAAUUCGUUAGAAACUCAUCCUAAUAUUCACAUUACGCCUAAUUUAUUACAUCGUAGAAGCGAUGAGGGAAAAUCUGUAUUCGUAACAGUAGAUGAACCAUUUCUGAAACGACUUAUCCACGCAUACUACGAACAUGGCAUGAUCGAAAUGUUAAAUACAGCUGAAGAAUUUGGACCCUCGUAUUUAAAGAAUAUUGUUUCGGUGGUCUUUCUGGUAUUGAAUGGAGUAAAAAUAUUGAGGAAUAAACUCACUUCCACUACCAUAGAGAACGAUUUAACUUUAAUGUCAUGUAUUUCACACACCAGGUUCUGGAUGACAAGUUCUAUACGCUGUAUCGCUUGGGACAGCUACGAUAUCAAAAUUGCUGUAGCAACAUGCGACGAUGCAAUUAGAAUAUACUCUCAUAACUCCAAUUUUAUUCCGAUCUUAAAAUGUAAACAGCAGAAAAACAUAACAUGUCUCGCAUGGCGGCCAUUUUCCAAUUCUGAAUUAGCAGUAGGAUGUGAGAAUGGAAUUUUUGUUUGGAAUAUUGACCAAACCUCUAUGAUUACACGUCCGUCAAUUAAUAAUGCUAGCAUAUUACGACGAAUUAAUCACGUUCCUGUUGUCAGUAUAGCAUGGAGCCCAACUGGUGACAUUUUGGCAAGUGCAGCAGCUAGAGACCCAUCUAUUCUAAUAUGGCAUGUGGAACGAAAUGAAACCAGUACCUUAUCUAUGCCUGGUAGUCAUGGCAAUUGUUUAGUGAAGUGGUCGCCCCGAGGCAACAAACUCCUUACUGCUACUGUUGAACGAGUUUUUAGGAUUUGGAACUGUGAAACAUGGACAUCAGAAAGAUGGAAUGUAUUAACAGGCAGAAUACAGGCAUGCUGUUGGUCUCCAUGUGAAGGCAUUGUACUUUUUGUGUCAAACACAGAGCCAAUCAUAUACGCAUUGUCUUUUACUCAUCUUGAAAUGAUUUUUGCAACCUCCGAAAAUUCUGCAACCCUCGCUACUCCACUGUACGAUUUAUCCCGAGGAGAAAUUGAUGGAGUUAUUAUUGGAGGAACUGUCCAAAAUAUGGAAUGGGAUCCACGCAAUAAUAUUGUUGCCGUUCUUUUUCAAGAUACGAAUUAUGUUGCCAUCUUUAAAGUAACCAUCGAUCCCACUAUACAUUUAAACCCAUGCUGUCUUGUUGCGGGAGUUCCGGAUGAAAAGCCAGUUUGUAUCUCAUUCCAAGGCAAUUUUGAGCACGGUGCUUGUUUAAGCAUUGGCUGGUCUAGUGGCCGAGUACAGCAUUUUCCCAUCGUUCGACCCGAAGCCACCACCUCUUCAAGCAUUAUUAGCAAAGAAUUUUACAACAGUUCUAGUUUUCAUAAUUCUGGUACCUCAUUUAAAUCGCCAUAAUGUCUGUUACUAAUAAACCAACUUAAUUUAUGUUAUGUUAAGUAUAAACUCGGUCUGAAAAUAAAUAAUUUUAGUAUAUUGA